AUGACGGCAUCAUGGCCAGGAGCACACAACCAGUGGCCCAAGCAGGCAAAACAGUUUGCCCUGCUGAUUAACAAUGUGGACUUCCAGCCAGGUGGCGGCUGGAUACAGCGCUUCAAAGAGAGGCACGGCAUUGUCUACAAAGCCGUCACCGGCAAGGGAGCUUCACUUGAUGUGGAGGUGAAGCAGAAGUGGGUGCAGGAAACGCUGCCCCGCAUCUUCGACAAUUACGUUGACGCCGACGUAUACAAUGGCGACGAAACGGGGCUGUUUUUCCAGAUGUUGCCCUCCAAGACGCAUGCGCUCAAAGGAGACACGCGCAAGGGCGGCAAAAACAGCAAGCUGCGCCUAACUGUGUUUUUGUGCGCCAACAUGGACGGGAGCGACAAGUGCCCCGCAUUUGUCAUUGGGAAGUCAAAAAAUCCUCGCUGCUUCCGCGGUGCUGCCAGGAUACCCGUACACUACCGUAACAAUCGCAAGGCAUGGAUGACAAGAGAACUUUUUCGCGAAUGGCUGUUGGAGUUUGAUCAGCGCACUGAGCGGUCGAAGAGGAAGGUGGCGCUCGUCCCGGAUAAUUGUAGUGCCCACCACUCCAUGCCCAAGCUCUCAAACGUGGAAGUUUUUGCCUGCCUCCGAACACGACGGCAGGUUUGCAGCCCAUGGACGCCGCCGUGGUCGCCACUUUUAAGGUGA